CGUGGCCAGCCCCCGCUUUUCAUUUGCAGCAUAAUUGGGAGGCGCCGGGCUCUGCACUGCACCUUCAUUUCCAUUUCGGCCUUCUAUUUUUCCCUUCCACUUCUUCCUUCCAACCUGUCUUUCAGAUAUUUUCCUCUCCUUUUUAACUAAUUAUUAUUAUUUUUGUAUAAUUAACCAUUAUUAUCUUCAUUUGUCCCUUUUCUCCGCUCCUUCCUCUUUCUGUUUCUGUUUGUUUCUUCUUAAUUUUCUUUCUUUUCUUUCCUUUUAUCCUUCCUCUCUCUCUCUCUCUCUCUCUCUCGUUAAGAUUCUCCCUCCGCUUCCUUCUUUCCGUUAUUCUUCAAUUACUCAGGUUCCAUAUAUCGGAAGGUAUCGGGAUUGAGAUCUAUCAAGGAUUGUAAUAUGGCGGAAGAGCACAGAUGCCAAGCGCCUGAAGGUCACCGUCUUUGCGCCAAUAACUGUGGAUUUUUCGGGAGCCCUGCCACGAUGAACCUAUGCUCCAAAUGUUACAGAGAUUAUUGUCUCAAGGAACGACAGGAACAACAACAAGAAGCAUCUAUUAAAGCCUCUCUUUCCGUUACAUCCUCGUUGCCUCCUGUACUGGCCGUAGAUUCUCUGCCUUCUCCGGCGAUCGCCUUGCCAGAGGUACGAAGUGCUGCGACGGAGGUGACAGCUGCGGUUGAGCAGCCGAAUCGGUGUUCCACGUGCAGGAAACGCGUCGGAUUGACCGGGUUUAAGUGUCGGUGCGGGACAACGUUCUGUGCGACCCAUAGAUACCCGGAGAAGCAUGGCUGCACCUUCGAUUUCAAGAAGGUUGGAAGAGAGGAGAUCGCGAGGGCCAAUCCUCUCGUCGUAGCUGAGAAGCUGGCAAAGAUUUAAUAUGUAGCGGUGGAUCUCCUGAUGGGAGAAAAACAUAAAGGAUGAUUGGCCUUGCAUCAGAUGAGUAAACCACCAUCGUCGAUCACAGCCGUUAAUCACGCAGCUGAUCAGGCAAAGAUCUAUGGCUUUGGAAUUUGGAUAAUCUUUUCUCUGUCUUCCGUUUUAAUAUUAUUAUAAAAGUAUAUUCUUAAAAAAAGUUUUAAUUAAUUAUAUCUAUGGCUUUGCGUGUGAAAAGAUUAAAAAGGAAAAAAAAAAGGAUUUGAUUUUCAAAUA